UGCAAAUGAUGCAAGAUGCAGCAGCUGCCCCAAUUUCCUAUGCACGUUUCUUGCCAUAGACAGAUUGGCACCAGACCAGAGCAUCCAGCAACAUGUACUUAAAAUUCAGUGGGAGGGUCAGAGAGUUUCGUUCAGUGCUGACAGUAUACGUGCAUGCCAUUCGUUGUGACGACGACUGUCAGAGCUACCUAGCUUUGCUUUGCUUGCUCGGACUGAGUGGAUCGAGAUGGGGAGGGUGCACCCUUGCUGCUCCGAGGAGAAGAAGGUGAGGAAGGGGCUGUGGUCGCCGGAGGAGGACGAGAGGCUCGCCUCCCACAUCGCGCGCUUCGGCGUCAGCUGCUGGAGCUCCAUCCCCGAACUCGCAGGCUUGCAGAGGUGCGGCAAGAGCUGCCGGCUGCGGUGGAUGAACUACCUGCGCCCGGACCUCAAGCGGGGCCGCUUCUCCCAGCAGGAAGAAGACCUUAUCAUAGCUCUCCACAAAGCACUUGGAAAUAGCUGGUCCCAAAUCGCGGCGAGGCUGCCGGGGAGGUCGGACAACGAGAUCAAGAACUUCUGGAACGCGCGGCUGCGCAAGAAGAUCCGGCAGAAGGAGGCCUCGUCGUCGGCGUCUUCCACAGCCGGGAGCAAAGAACCCGCCGCGAGACGCAACCGACCGAACAGCACCGAAAACGGCGACGACCGGAUAAAACCGGCGCCGCCGCCGGUGUUCACCCCCUACCCCUUCGUCCCGCCGUCUCCUCGGGACCAUGUCGCCGCGGCCGCUUCCGGCGCAAGCAGCUGCGACGACUAUUCCUCCGCUGCCGGCAGUUUCGUCGCCGACCCAGCCGCGGCGGCGGCAUGUGCCGCUGUUCAUGUAGGGUACGCCACUGACCGGAGUGCCGCGGCCGCCGAGUCGGGGGUUACGCCGACGCCGCCGUCAAUGACGACGAGCACGAGCGCGUGCACUGACGACGCGCGGGGCAGCUGCGACGACGGCUUCUUACGGGCGAUGGUCGACGACCCCAGCUUCCUGUUCGGGGAUUUCUACCUCGACAGCGAUGGCGGUCACCAUGGGCAGAUCAUGAGCUUCUGGGAAAGCCAUGCGUUCAGUUGAUUUGUUUCUUUUUCGCGGUGUUACUUGGCCGGUCUACACAAAUUUAUUACGACUUCACUUCAUUGUUGUGUAAGCGUAUGCAUGCGGAAUCAAAUGUGAAAGUUCAACCGGAAUAAAUAAAAGCUACGAACUGUACUUUUUGUGUUUCCAAGUUUUGCAAAGAAAAAUGGCAAUUGAUUUCAGUUCUGUGA